AUGACGGCCCCCAUACACGCCCACCUGCAAACAUCAUGGAGCCAGGCUAGGGUUUUUGACACCAUGCCAAAAAAGUUAAAGAAAAAUAACCUGCCAGACCUCGAUCUCGGGAAUGGGAACUCCUGGGGAAUCUUCAAAGUUCUCCCACCAACCACACGCAACACAACCACAGAAACUACCAUCUCACACUCCACCGUCUCGCCACACCAAACCCAGCCUCCACACCCAGAUCUCGGCCCACAGGACGAGCCAGAGACUGAACUUUUCGCCACACCACAGAGAAAACCAGCACCAGCACCAACACCAAACCCAACACCAACUCCUACACCAACACAGUCACCUGCACACCCACAAGCAGCCCACCAAAACCACAACGACCUGACAGACUCAGAGAUCGAUGAUCAGUCCCUUCGCCACAGGGACGGUUAUGACCUCGAACCAAAAACAUACGGCAUCCGCCUCUUCGCCGCGGAAUCCUCACGAUACAAACACCUAAAACAGACUACAACUGGCACAAGAAAUAACACGCAACCUCGAUCUCGGGAAUGGGAACUCCUGGGGAAUCUUCAAAGUUCUCCCACCAACCACACGCAACACAACCACAGAAACUACCAUCUCACACUCCCAAUCCGCCCCCCGGCCCACAGGACGAGCCAGAGACUGAACUUUCGCCACACCACAGAGAAAACCAGCACCAGCACCAACACCAAACCCAACACCAACUCCUACACCAACACAGUCACCUGCACGCCCAAACACCCACAAGCAGUCACCACAGCACCCAAAACCACAAGUCGUCAAAGGUGGGGCCACAGGCACUUGGUGCUAGAUGAAGACCCCCCUGAUAAGUCAAAAAAGCUCAAAAUUCCGGUAUUACGUCCACCCGCGCGGACUACCCUCAUUUAA